AGCCGCUGCAACCGAACGACACCCACACUUAGAGCCUUGCUUUGAUUUUUGCCUACAGACAGCCGCCAUCAUGACUCAGGCGACACUAUGGGGAUCGCUGUUCAUCAUCUUCUCGAUGCCACUGGCCAUCUUCUGGUUUGUGGUGCGGCGGAGCCCCAAACUCGUCAUCGUGCUCGUGGCCAGCGCAUUCAUGUGGCUGCUGGCAGCGCUAUUGACGGGCAUCAUCUGGAUCAUUAUCCCGCCGCUGCAGGAUGACUAUUGGUUUGUGAUCCUGAUUUCCGUUCCCAUCCAAGAGGCGUUCCGCUACUUCUUCUGGAAGAUGCUGCACAAAGCGGAGAAGGGCCUGAGCACCCUCACGCCCGAUGGCGAUGUCGUCAUCACACGCGAGAAGCUGUGGUUCGUCUCUGGGCUUGGCUUUGGGGUCAUGUCUGCGGUGAUGAUGAUGAGCAACAUGCUCGACAUCAUGACUGGCCCCGGUAUGGUCCCGGCGCGCGGCUGCCCAGACUUCAACCUCUUCACCAUCUCUGCUCUCGUGUCUGCCGCCAUCGUCAUGUGCCACGCCUUUUGGGGCGUCAUCGCUGGCAAGGCCUGGGAACAGCGCACCAUCAGCAAGUCGAUGUUCAUUCCAUCCCGCGACUGGAAGCUCUUCUUCGUCCUCGCUAUGCACUACUUUGUUGCCUUCCUGACGAUUGAUGCUGACAAGACGACAUGUGUCGGGUUUCUGCUGCCCAUCUACGGCGCCACGCUCCUCUGCGCGUGCACGGCGUGGUUUGUGAUUCGCGCUCGCUUCUCCAGCGGUGACGACGCAGCGCAGCACAGAGCACAGCACGCCCGGUGAACACACACACACACACACACUUUCACUUACACAUUCACGUACACACAUGGUGUCUCUGUUGUUCCGUUAUUCCUUUGUUGAAGCAUACGUGAUGAAGGUGGUAUUUGAGAGAGUUGAGCGUUGUGGUCUGCUGUUUGCGUGAUGGGGAGAAAGCGAGCAAUGUAGCGAUGUGCUUUACCCUCGUUGUCACAGUACACAACACAGCAAUACAGUUUGGAGAAGCGACAAA